AAAUCGGAAGCACGUGGCCCGUCGUGCGGCUCCAGCUGUGGCAGAGAGAGGGCUGCCACCACCACUACUACCGCUUUGACGACCAUUUAAAGGAGCCGCUGUCAGUCUGCAGGGAAGCAGGCAGUUCUCCUCCUCCUCCUCCUCCUCCUCUUCUCCACCAGCGGUUUCCACAACACCUGAUCCACCAUGGCUGACGACCUCGACUUUGAGACCGGGGACGCCGGUGCCUCCGCCACGUUUCCCAUGCAGUGCUCCGCCCUCCGCAAGAACGGCUUUGUGGUGCUCAAAGGCCGUCCCUGCAAGAUUGUGGAGAUGUCCACCUCGAAGACGGGCAAGCACGGCCACGCCAAAGUGCAUCUCGUCGGCAUAGACAUCUUCACUGGGAAAAAAUACGAAGAUAUCUGCCCCUCAACUCACAACAUGGACGUGCCCAACAUCAAGAGAAAUGACUUCCAGCUCAUUGGCAUCCAGGAUGGCUACCUGUCUCUGCUCCAGGACAGCGGGGAUGUCCGGGAGGAUCUGCGUCUCCCUGAGGGAGACCUGGGCAAGGAGAUCGAACAGAAAUACGACAGCGGAGAAGAAAUACUGAUCACUGUUCUGUCUGCAAUGACCGAGGAAGCUGCUGUCGCUAUCAAAGCCAUGGCUAAAUAAAGGAACCACAGGCAACUGCCGCAGCCGCAACCACCAACCUUGUCGCGAAUCGGAGAGGAUCGCAACCCGCAGACUUGUCAGAUUGGGCUCCGAACCACCCAAAAUCUUGGUUUUUUUUUUUU